GUGUGCCUGCCUGGCUGGCACGGCAGCAAAGUCAAUCUCUAAGUGUGCACAGAGGGACACAUCUCCUGAACAACAUGCAGCUUUGACAAAAUACUUUCACUCUCCUGGUUUUCACAGCUGUUGUGGACUUCACCUGCACCCACCUCUGUUUCUAGAUGGUCUGACGUUUCUGAAUACCGACAAGGAGGAAGACACAGACAGGCCGGCCGGCCAGCAAGAUAGAGGAACAAGUACUGGUUUCAGGGCUUGCUCUACUCUGGUACCUCCUUAGGAUAUAAUAGAGGCAAGGAGGCUGUAGGGGGCAAGGUGUCAGGCUCAGCAUCCUCAAUGUCCUCAGUGCCAUCUUCCCCCAGAGUCACUACGGACAGCUUCGCCUUCUGUCUGGUGGAGGAGAUGAUGGGCUCAUCAGCCCAGGGGGCAAAGCCAAAACUACACUGGCACUCCUUCCCACCAGCCCUCCCAAAAGCCCCAUGGCUUUAAAGAUGGCCUCAGACAAUGGGUUAGGAUUUGACAACGAGACUGAGGAUGACUUUUUAUAUAAUAAGCAGGAGCGUUCGACGGUCCUGGUCCGUAGGUUCUUGAGGGAUAACCAGAGGGUGAAGAAGUCGGUGUGUACAGGAACCAGGGCUAUCAUCAGGACGUUACCCACCGGGAGGAUCGGUGAGGAGGCUUGGGACGCUGUCUGCGGAAGGGUGCCCCUCCAGCUGUGGGAUGAGGAGGACCACCAAACUUCUGGUGGAUACAGCCGAUUGAGUGGAUACAGUGGACACAGUUCAACCUCUCAGAGUCUACAUCUGCAAGUGUGUAAACCUCUCCUUGGAAAAACAGGAGACAUGUUUUUUGAGGCAUGCCAUGCCCUGAGUUCUGAAGUAAGGGUGGCCAGUUCAGGAGCUCUACUCCUGUCUUCCAGGAAGCUUCUGUUGUCUGCCGAGAGGAGGGAUCUGUGUCGCAAGAGGGCCACAUUGCCAUGGCCGGGAGGAGGAGGGGUGUGUAGCUACCGAGCAACCCUACAGAGGACUGACAUUUCUGCCUAUAUCUCAGGGACCCUCCUGGAAGUGGUUCUGUCCAUCGGCAACACGGGAGACAACGACUUCUCUCCUCCCUGUAUCACCACAAGUCCCUUGGGCUGGGCUGUCCUGAAAGAGCGCCAGCUGCGCUCCCCCAUGGCGGGAUCCAGCGUGGUGCCGGCGGCUCCACUGAUGGAGGUCAAUAAGGAGCUGUCUGACCUCCGACCCCUGGUCAGUUUCCCGGAGGAGAUGGCCUACGUCCUCAUGGAUCAGGAGCUGCAGCUCUACAGCCGGAUCCUACCACUGGACUACAUCUGCUUCCUCACCCAUGACCUGGGAGGCCCUGGCCAGCCACAGCCACAGCCCCAGGGGCAGACACACCAACCUGGACAAACUAAUCUUAUGGCUGGCUGCAGUAGGCCCCACAACGCUGUAGAGGACCUGGUCACAAGAUUCAAUGAGGUGAGCUCCUGGGUGACAUGGAUGAUUCUGACAGCAGGUUCUAUUGAGGAGAAGAGAGAGAUGUUCUCAUGUCUGGUCCACGUGGCCAGGUGCUGUUGGAACAUGGGAAACUACAACACUGUCAUGGAGUUCCUGGCUGGACUCAGGUCUCGCAAGGUGCUAAAGAUGUGGCAGUUCAUGGAGCAGUCGAACAUCGAGACCAUGCGUGCCCUGAAGGAUGCCAUGGCGCACCACGAGACGUCUGCAGAGUACAGGAAGGUGGUCUCGCGUGCCCUCCACAUCCCGGGCUGCAGGGUGGUGCCCUUCUGUGGGGUCUUUCUGAGAGAGCUAGGGGAGGUCCUGGAUGGAGCAGCUAGCCUGAUCAGCCUCAGACCACGCCUCAGCUCACAGGACUCUGUGGAGUUUGUCUCUGACUACAACGGACAGGACAACUUCCUGCAACGGGCGGGGCCAGAUGGGCUCAACCAACCAGAGAAGGAAGCAACAGUCAACAACAUCCUGCAGACCAUCCGUAGCUGCAACCGCAGUAUGGAGUCUGAGGAUUGGGAGGAGUCUGGAGGGUCUGGUGAUGGGAGCAUCACUGGUUCACGUAAAAACUCCUUCAAGGAUGGCAACCGCAACCAGUUCACCGUGGGUGAUCUCUCCGAGUCUUCGGGUGACCUAUCUGACCUAUCACAGGGCAAAGACCCAGACUUCCAGGGUACGGGUGAGAGGACUCAGAAGGCCUUUGCCCACGGUACGGAACUCAUCCCGUGGUACGUCCUCUCCCUCCAGCCCCACGUGCACCACUUCCUCCAGCAGGGCGCUACUGUGAUCCACUACGACCAGGACUCCCACCUCACCGCCCGCUGCCUGCUCCGACUCCAACCCGACAAUUGUGUCCUCACCUGGGCCAAGCUCCACAGUGGUGGUGGGGGCCUGCCUGGUUCUAGCCCUGGCCCAGACUCCUCCAAGCUCCGGAGCCCCACUGUGUCAGGGGCUGGCGGUCAGUACUGUGGGCAGCCCAUACUGAAUGGCCAGUUGGAUGGAUUCCUGGAUCUCUCCGUGGCUAAAGCUGUCUUCAUGGGCCAUCCAGGGGCUGAUGUUCAGGCGACAUGCCUGCAGAACAAGCUCUCAUGUGGGCUGAGCCUGGAGGAGUGUGGGGUGACUCUGCUCUAUGGGCUCCAUACAACAGACAACAGGUUAUUACACUUUGUGGCCCCCAGAAACACAGCUAGAAUGGUGUACUCUGGGCUGCAGGCCCUGUUAGCUGUUCACAGGAGGAUGAGGAAGUUCCCUGACCAAAGGCUGCAGUGGCUCCGGAGGAAGUACGUCAAUCUCUAUCAGGAGGAUGGCAGAUACGAGGGUCCGACACUAGCCCAGGCCAUCGAGCUGUUUGGGGGCAGGAGAUGGAGUGUGGGUGCUGGUAGCAUGGAGAAGUCUGGAGCUCAGAAGAACAGCCAUCUCACUGUGACCUCCAAUCAGAAGAAAAAGAAGUCUGUGACUAGGGGGGACAGUGGGGAUGCCACAGAUGAUGAGAUGGUGUCACAGAAGGUGAAGAGCGGUUGGGAUAUCUUAGGGCGGAGUGCACCAGACCCGACAGACAACAUGGACCAAGACCAGGAGGACAGCAGCUCCUAUGGUUUCCCUGGGCCUCUCUCCUCCUCCACCAGUAGAUCCAUGGCCAUUAGUACCUCUUCCUCCUCCAUCUCCUCCUCUUCCUCAGCCUCCAAUCACAAGGCUCAAACAGGUAAUAGGCCAAAUCAGACACUACCUAGCCGGGGUAAGAGCCAAUCAAAGAGCUUCCAGAACCUCAUGGUGUCAGAUGGCACAAUGAGGUUUACUGAGUUUGUUGAGCUCUUCAAGUCCUUCAGUAUCCGGAGUCGUAAGGACCUGAAGGAUGUGUUUGAUGCCCAUGCUGUGCCCUGUGUUCAGUCUGCCUCUGAGCCUGCUCCUCUCUACACUCACCUCAGCAUCGACGACACAGUCACAGGAAUACAACCAGACCUGGACCUUCUGACGCGUAACGGCCUGGACCUUGGUCUUUCCAUCCGGAUCAAGAGACACAUGUCAGACAAUCAGAAGCAUAUUUCAGACGCCAUAGCUGCAGCCAGCAUCGUGACCAAUGGUACUGGUGUGGAGAGUGUCUCGCUGGGAGCUCUGGGCAUGACCAUCAUGCACCUCAACGACUUCCUGGUCAACUGUCAGGGAGAGAACCACUCGCAUGAUGAAGUCCUAAGAAUCAUCCAGACUUUUGAACCAUCUGCCACUUUGCGUCAGAUUGGCUGGAUGUCCUUUGAGGGAUUUGCCCGGUAUCUGAUGGACAAGGACAACUCUGCUUCCAAACUGGAAGAGUCUCCGCUGAAUGUUGAAGAGCUCCAGUACCCUUUGUCAUACUACUACAUUGCUACAUCACACAACACCUACCUGACCGCACACCAACUCAAGGGAGGGUCGUCUGUGGAGCUGUACAGCCAGGUGCUCCUCCAGGGAUGCAGGAGUGUUGAACUAGACUGUUGGGAUGGAGACGAUGGCAUGCCGAUCAUCUACCAUGGACACACCCUCACUACCCGCAUACCCUUCAAGGAUGUGGUGGAGGCGGUGAACCGCUCUGCCUUCGUGACCUCUGACCUACCUGUGAUGCUGUCCAUAGAGAAUCACUGCUCCCUGCCGCAGCAACGCAAGAUGGCCGACAUCUUCAAGACUGUGUUUGGGGAUAAACUGGUGACAAAGUUCCUGUUCGAGAGUGAUUUCUUGGACGACCCGCUGCUGCCGUCACCAUGGCAACUGAGGGGAAAAAUCCUCCUCAAGAACAAGAAGCUGAAAGAUCACCAGACGCCGGUGGACAUCCUCAAACAGAAGGCUCACCAGUUGGCCCAGAUGCAUGCUCAGGCCAGUAGUGUGAUGCCUCCUCCCUUCCCAACCAAUGAGGAACAGGAGGAAGAAGAGGAUGAGGAUGAAUACGACUAUGAGUAUGAAUCACUAUCUGAUGAUAAUAUCUUGGAGGAUAGGCCGGAGGGAAAGUCUUCGUCAGGGGAGAAGUUACAGACCAAACACAGUGACGAAGUCCCCAAGAAGAUGAAGAAAUGCAAGAGAUCUACUGACAACAAAGGAGAAGUAUUUGGCAAGGAGCUGGAGGAAGAGUUCAAGCUGCCUCGGAGCAAGAAGGAAGGACGCCAGAUAGCCCAGGAGCUAUCGGAUCUGGUGAUCUACUGCCAAGCUGUCAAAUUCCCAGGUCUAUCCACCCCCACUACAUCUGAGUCUCCCAGGGAGAGAAAAGAGAGACAGGAAUUUCUUUCUCCUAGAGGAAAGGGAAGGAGGUCCAUCUUUGGGAAAGAUCCAGGGAAAGGUGUUCCAGGGGACCCAUCGACAGUCAUGCGUACCCCAGGGAGAGCAUCAGAGGGCCCCCGUCCCAACUGGGAAGAAUCCCACACCUCCCCUCCUUACACCUGUAACGCCUCCCUUAGCUCCAUCAUCCACACCCCAAAGUGCUACAACGUCUCCUCAGUCAAUGAGAACGCCGCCAAGCGCCUGUGUCGCCGCUACUCCCGGAAGCUGAUCCAACACACCAGCGCCCAGCUCCUGCGGACCUACCCGGCAGCCACACGUAUCGACUCCACCAACCCCAGUCCCCUACUCUUCUGGCUGCAUGGAAUACAGCUGGUCGCUCUCAACUACCAGACCGAUGACCUACCCCUGCAGCUGAACGCCGCCAUGUUUGAGCCUAACAGGGGUUGUGGGUACGUCCUGAAGCCCCCGGUCCUGUGGGACCCCAGCUGCCCACUCUACGGACACUUCUGCCCCCUGGACAGAGACCCAGAGGGCAUGAGCCCCGCCCUGUUGUCUCUCACUAUAAUCUCUGGUCAGAAUCUAUGCCCAGGGACUACAGCAGGCAGUCCAUGCAUCGAGGUAGACAUCCUGGGCAUGCAGGCUGACGGGUGUCACUUCCGCACCAAACCUGUCCACCGUAACCCCCUGAACCCCAUUUGGAACCAGAGCUUCCACUUCCCCCUGCUCAUGGCUGACCUGGCCUUCCUACGCUUUACUGUGGUGGAACACAACAGCUCCCAGACCACCGCUCAGAGAAUCAUAUCACUCAGAGCACUCCGGACAGGAUACAGACACGUGCAGUUGAGGAAUCAGCACAAUGAGGCCCUGCCAGUCUCCAGUCUGUUCAUCUACAGCCGUACAUCUGAAGACAGUGGAACAGCAGGUUCACGGCCUGCGUCAUGGCUUUUUAGUACAGAGGAGCGUAGGGCUGCUGUGCAGUACAGGGUCACCGUACAUGGAGUCCCUGGGCCUGAGCCUUUCACAGUGGUGGAUGUGAGUGAGAGGACCACUGCCAGAGAGCUCCUACACAAUAUCCUUCCAUCCCUCUCUGCCUCCCAGAUCAUUCCAUCCCUCUCCUCCUCCACUUGCUUCUCCUUCUCUUCUUGCUUCCUGAUGGAAGAGAGGGUGGCAUUGCCCCGUGAGAGGGGGGAGGCUCGGGGUGAGAGGGGGGAGGUUCGGAGGCCUCUCCUGCAGAGGAUCAUCAGGCCUGAGGAGGAGAUACUCAGGGUUGUUGAGAGCUGGAACCCUGACGAAGGCUACCUGGGCAGAGUGUGCCUCAAAACAAGAGAAAAGCCUAUGAAUGAGGAGAAGCCAGUUUUAGAGGAGAUGGACGUAAGCUGUGGACUGGAGGACGAUUCCUUUCUGGUGGAAGUACAUGGAGUGUCUCCUGACCAAUCACCAGUGACCCUCAGAGCUCCCAGACACAUCACAGGCAAUGACCUCAUCCAACAGACACUGAGGAAAGCCAGACAGUCCAGCCUCCUGCUGUCAGCGGACAACGCCAGCGACUACAUUCUGAUAGAGGAGGUGGUCAAGGAACCCCUGGGGCGCAGGCUCCCUGCCAGACCCACCCAGAGGAUCCUCCUGGACCAGGACUGUGUGUUCCAAGCCCAGGGGAGGUGGAGGGGUCAGGGGAAGUUCAUCCUCAGACUCAGGGAGCAGGCUCAGGGAAAAGAGACAGCUCAGCGUGAAGACUGUGUCAGACCUGUUCGCGAGGAUCGGCGGAAAGGAAUAUCGUUGGCGAACGAGUUGAAACGACUGACAGGCCGGAGCCGGGCCGUAUGGAUCGGGGCUCACGCCUGCUCUGAGGUGGUGCACAGCAAGGACGAGAGGGCAGUGUGCUGUCUGCAUCUGAAUGAAACCAGAGAGUGACGCAGUCUAAUUAAAGAUUUCCAAGAUGGGCUGACACUGGAAACAGGUGGAAUUGGAGCAACUCCUGGGUGUCUGAUGUGACUUGGACCAGGCAAUAAACCUAAUCUACAUCUACCUAGAGCUGGAAAUGGCACAUUAUCAGCAUGUGAAUUUAUUGAAGACUUGCAUUAGUUCCCCAAUCAAAUGCAUAACAGAAAUGGGGAGAAUCUCAAUUGGAUUUCCUCGCCUCCUUUUCGAGGAUUGGAAACCAGGAAAUAAAUGCGCUUGUCAUCAGGCAAAUUAUGUUUACAGAGGUGGAAUCACAUUGUCUGUAGGACAGACCAGCAGACAUCAACCUGGCAAGUUUGAAGUGGCUGGAGGAAAUGUGGAGAAUCUCAAUUGGAUUUCCUCGCAUCCUCUCCUCGCCUCCUUUUCGAGUUGAGGAGAGGAAAACAGGAAAUAAAUGCGCUUGUCAUCAGGCAAAUGACGUUUACAAAGUUGGAAUCCCAAAAUACAUGUGUAAAGUGGUUUUAAAAAAUGCUAGUUGUGCUAGACAUUUUAUUGACAAAAGGAUAAAUAAGUUGCAUAUCAUUUUUUUCUGUGUGCAUGCUUUUCCCCUCCGAGAAAACAGCUGUUUCAAAGGGGGUGUGGCUGAUUUCAAAACACUUCUGCGAUAGGAUACACCCAAGCAUCCUCCACCGGUGGUGGCAGUCGAGGAGAGGAGCCAAACUGCUUCGUUCACCUAUUAACAAAUUGACACUCCUACAUAUGCCGACCACUUACUGGAUUCCGGGUCACGAAGGAGAGGAAGGACUAUUUUUUAUAUCGUUUUUGUUUUCUUUAUUUUGUUAUCGUUUUUUCUUUAUUUUUAUUUUUCUUUAGG